UGCUGUUUUAUGUUUAGAGUUUGUUCAGCAAAUAACGCACGGAUAAAUUUUAACGCACUUACUGUAAAUACUUCAUUACCUCAGAGUUACUUUGGGCUGCCCUGAGUUUUGGAAAACACUUGAAAUAUUUUAGUCACAAUGUGGAUGAUGCCCAUUUUGCCCAUCAUGUUGUCCCAUUUAUACGUGUCAGAAUUCACAGUAGCAUAGUGGUUAGCACAACACUUUACAGGUGACCCGGGUUCAAUUCCCACCGCUGCCUGUAGGGAGUUUGUGUGUGCUUCCUCUGGCUGCACUGGUUUCCUCCCACAGUCUUUGUAAAUUAGGCUGGGGUUAAAUUGGGAAUUGCUGGACAGUAUGGCUUGAAGGGACAGAAGGGCUUAUUCUGCGCUAUAUCUCCAUAAUGUGGCGACCCAUUUCCUAGCGUAUCCGAACCGACUCACAAUUAGAUAGCCUAUGGGGGUUUGCGAGCACAGAGCUUUGGAGCCUCUGCGCCAUGGGGGGCCGGUUGACAGAGGCUUAAAAGUGAGGCUGAAGUUUUCGAAUAAAGUUUUUUCCUUCGACUGCAGUUACCGACUCCGUGUCGUAAUUUUAGCGCUGCGUGUAGCACACCGCUACAAUUGGUGACCCCGACGGUCCAAACGAUUUUUGGACCAGAAAUGACCGACGCCGCCUCUGUUCAUGCGGUUUCGUUGAAACUGCCAGGUUUCUGGACACAGCGCCCAGACCUGUGGUUCCAGCAAGCCGAAGCCCAAUUCCACAUUCGCCAGAUCACCUCAGAAGACACCCGCUACUACUACGUGGUGAGCUCCCUCGACCAGGACACAGCGGCCCAGGUCGCGGAGUUCGUACAGUCGCCCCCGGCAGACGGCAAGUACACGGAAUUCAAAGCCCUGCUCCUCAGGACUUUCGGACUCUCACGGCGCAAGCGGGCUGCCCGUUUACUGCACCUGGAUGGCUUGGGCGACAGACCUCCAUCGGCUUUAAUGAAUGAGAUGUUGUCUCUCGCCGACGAACACACACCCUGCCUCAUGUUUGAGCAGGCAUUCCUGGAGCAGCUGCCCGAGGACAUCCGCCUGCUGCUGUCCGACUCGGAUUUCAGUGACCCCCGGAAGGUGGCAGCCUGGGCGGACUUGCUGUGGAACGCCAAAAAGACAACUGUCCGGAUGGUUUCCAACAGGUUCGUUUGGCACGGACUCUGCAAACAGGUCAGUGAAUGGGCCGGAACGUGCAUGCACUGCCAGACGGCCAAGGUGCAGCGGCACACCAAAGCCCCACCGCAGCAGUUCCAUCCCGCCCACCGGCGUUUCGACCACAUUCAUGUGGAUAUCGUGGGCCCCCUGCCAGUGUCGCGCGGAGCGCGUUACCUCCUGACUAUCGUGGACCGGUUCACAAGAUGGCCAGAGGCGGUCCCGCUCACCGACACCACCUCCGAAUCUUGCGCCCGAGCCCUGAUCGCCACCUGGAUAUCUCGCUUUGGUGUACCAGCCCACAUUACCUCCGACAGAGGCGCCCAGUUCACCUCCAGCCUAUGGUCAGCUAUGGCCAGCCUUUUGGGGACUCAGCUGCACCACACAACUGCCUACCACCCACAGUCGAACGGGCUAGUGGAGCGUUUCCACCGUCACCUGAAGUCGGCCCUCAUGGCCCGCCUGCGAGGAGCCAACUGGGCGGACGAGCUUCCCUGGGUCCUACUCGGCAUCCGCACAGCGCCCAAGGAUGACCUGCACGCCUCGUCAGCCGAGUUGGUAUACGGCGCGCCCCUGGUCGUCCCGGGGAGUUCCUACCAGCCCCAAGGGGGCAAGAGGAAGAACCCGCUGCAGUCCUGGGCAGACUUCGCGAGAAGCUCGGUAACCUGGCCCCCAUACCCACUUCACAGCAUGGGCGGCACCCGACCUGCGUACCCAAAGACCUACAGAACUGUAAGUUUGUGUUUGUACGAAGGGGCGGGCAUCGGCCACCGCUGCAGCGGCCAUACGAGGGGCCGUUUAUGGUGCUCCAGAACAACGGGUCCACGUUCGUGCUGGACGUUGGGGGGAAGGAGGAGGUUUUCACGGUGGACCGCCUCAAACCGGACCAUGUGGACCUGGCGCAACCGGCCGAGUUUCCGGCGCCUCGGCGCAGAGGCCGACCUCCCAAGCAGGUUCUGGCCCAGAAUGUGGACAUUGGGGGGUGUAUCGCCGGUUCUGGGGGGGGGGUUAUGUGGCGACCCAUUUCCUAGCGUAUCCGAACCGACUCACAAUUAGAUAGCCUACAGAGGUUUGCGAGCACAGAGCUUUGGAGCCUCUGCGCCAUGGGGGGCCGGUUGACAGAGGCUUAAAAGUGAGGCUGAAGUUUUCGAAUAAAGUUUUUUCCUUCGACUGCAGUUACCGACUCCGUGUCGUAAUUUUAGCGCUGCGUGUAGCACACCGCUACAAUAAAAUAAAAAAUUCUGGGUGGGAGCACUGUUCGAAACUUGAAGGUGAACAAAUAGUAAAACUGAAUAAUUUCCACAGUCAUGAGAAUUUUACCAUUACCUGCAUUUCAUAAUGUCAGUUUUUCAAAUGGGGGUAUAUCUCCUGUCCUGCUGUGUGUUUACCCAGUAAUAGGACUGAAAACCUAUUGUGGGUGGAAGAAGCUUUGAGUAGCUUGUGACCUCUUAAUCUUGAUGCUGGACACCUGCGAUUUGUGAGAUCCAUUUCUCUGAGUGCCAUCUUCUACAAAGACUGAUGAGCUGGUGCAGUUUUUAUAGGAUCAUAAAAUAUGGAUUACUGUAAAUAAAUUUUUCUAAUUUAAUCCUUCAGGUUUUGUAUGAUCAUUAUGAAAGGAAAACCUGCAGCUUUUUAUUAGAAAAAUUCAGAAGUUUUGUAAAAUAAAGUAUUUGAAGACUUUGGGGAAUCUACACAAUUUUAGCUACCCAGCAAUAGUUCAUUAUCAAUAAGGUGAUCAGACAUUGAACUGUAACUUUAGUGCAUUUGCCCGACCCUUUUCGCAUUACAAUGUAAUGUCACUGUUCAAGGAAACUGAAAAUGCUCCCUGGAGAUACUUUGGUUAUUCUGACACUGAGUACCAGUGUGUGUCUGUGUUUAACUUCCAGUUUCCUAACAGGUGAUUCUUAUUGUCCU